CCCCUGACCUCUGUCUGGACAGUGCUGAUUGGCCCUGUGCUGAUCACAUACACUCUCCCAAGAAAAAAAAAAUCCCUUACUAGCAAAACACACCAAACUGAGCAUGUGCAGACUUUCCCACAAGGCUCGGUUCUAUCAGGAGAUAGAUUGGGGACAGUAGAAGGGGAGGAUCAGAGAACACAGGAUCAAACAGCCUUUUUACACAAUGUGGAAGAUAAACCCCUUAAGUUCCACAGCGCGUAUAACAAGCAUGCUUCACUGCAUAUACAGACUGAUUUUACUGUUGUGGGCUUAGUAACAUUU